ACUGUCGAAAACAAUAACACUGAUUUGGCGAAUGUUCACGUUUGGAGUCUUUCCGUUUUUUUUCUCCUCGCGCCGUCCGCUAAGAUUUCGUAUGGUUUCCACAAUUAUCGUUGCCACUGCCGCCAAUUCCCAGACUUUUGGGAUUACAGUCGAACGAACACUUAAAUCCACAGCGCGACUAACCCUCUACGGACCAGGCUCGUUUUUAUGAAAUCGAAACGACAUUCCUACCGACUAAGUGCAAAGGGACAUUUUAGUAGUAUUAGCAGUAGGCGCAAUAAUAUCAAUAUAAUUAAUAAUUAUUAGGUGUUUAAUAUACCUAUAUACAAUAUACGAAAGCACUAUGGCUGAUCCGAUAGAGCCGAAAAACAUUGCAGACGACGUGAUCGGGGCAACUGGUGAUAAGAGAAAGAUGUCAUCAGACAUGAGUCCAGAGCAGACCAACGUCAUAAAAAAGCUGAAAGAGACAAAAACGCAACCGGACACGCUGUGCCAGUGCCCCCAAAAAUGUUCAGAACGUGUACCUCAGCGAUCUAAGGAUGAGCUGUUUAAAAUGUUUGGAGAAAUGGACAGCGAAGAUGUACAAAAUAAAUUUUUACAGAAGUUUAUUGAGGCUCGACCUGUUGCCAAUCGUUUGUUUAGUAAAGAGACCACAGCCAAUGGUAAAUUGUUGAGAAGAAUUCAUUGCAAGUACAGAAUACCUUCAUUCGUAUCCGAGGAUUUUAUGUCAAAUAUAAAUUGUGAUUCUGACAAAGAUGAAGAAUCAGACUUUGAUGAAACAUCUUCAGUGGCGUCUCUGGAUUCUAAAGAAGAGAAUGACAAGUCUUUAGAAAGUGAUUCAACAGAAACAUCAAGAAAGUCAUUAAGUCGUUACAACUGUGUAGAUGUUUGUCAAAAAGCAUUUCUCAAUCUGUUUGGCUUAUCAGAUAAACGUUUAAAAACUGUUAGAGAAUUAUUGAUAAUUAAAGCUCGUCAAAAGCACAUGAAACGUAUGAUGGAAAAAGAAGAAAACCAAAUAGAAGUAUCUUUAGCUAAGGAUCUUGCACAGGGUUGUUUGCCAUUGAUGGCACUUUUUAAUAAAGAAGAUAGCAAGAAAGUAUCUGAUCAGUUGAUGACUGCCAUCAGCAAUGAUAUAAAUUUAGUAAAUAACUUCUUUUGCAAUCAGCUAUGGAAACCAGAGUACAUCAACCAAAAGCCAUCUGAAUGAGUAUAAAUUAUUUUUUAUACAUAUUUUGAUGAUUGUAAAUGUAAUUGAUUGAAUAAGUAUUGUAUUUAAAUCAAUUUUCGGGUACUACUUUAAUACAAAUCCAAUUCAAAAUAUUGUUCUGAAUUCAGGGGAUUAUACUUAAUGUAAAUUUUUAUAUUAUUGUACUAGUUAAUUAAAUGUCAGUUGACUGGGGUUGUUAAAAUAUGUAUGUUGUCUAACUAUUCUAUGUUUUAAAUUACUUAUUUUGGUAUAAUACCUAAUAAAAUGAGUAAUGUUUUAUGGCCUGAUAAUAUAUUUUUUUAAAGUUAAAUUAUUACAUAUUAUUAUAAUCUAUUAUGUAUGUACCAGAACAAAUAAACAAAAGUAGAACAUUUUAAGUUUAUUUUAAUAUUUUAUUAUUAUUAUUAAAGUUUUUUUUUUAUAGUAUAAGAAACAUAGAAUUAUGAUUGGCUCUUGGUUUAUUUUAUUUUUAUUGUAGUAUUAACAUGUUAACAAAAAAUAAACCUUAUUGAAUAGUACAAAGCAAAGUAAAUGGGAGACACAACACAAGUAUUACAUUAAGUUUUUGUUUAACUUAAUAUUUUAUUAUGGUGUCUAAAUUAUGUUAUACACUACUUGAAAAUGUGUUAUAAAUUUGAAUGAAUAAAGAAUGAUAAAUUCAUUCUGUACAUUUAGAAAUUAAGUUAGAAUUUAGUAUUCCUUUUUUAGAUUUUAAGAUUAGUAGCCUCCAUUAAGUUUGUAUGAUUUAAUUUCGUCCGAUUAUGAUUACAUUAUUAUUGUCAGUAUUUUUUUUUUUUGUAAGCCCCUAAUUAUGCAUUUGAAUGACUUCAUUUUUGUUUUGUUUUUUAUAUUGGUACUAUAAUUAUUCUAAGGAAGAUGAUACCAAAUCCACAUUAAUUAUAGUGGUCUUAAUUAUACCAAACACCCAACAACUAUUAAUUGUCAAAUGGGUUACAUCAUUUUAUAUAUUAUAUACAUUUUUAAUUUUAAACUAUAUUUUUACUAAAACUACUAUUAUUUUUACAUGUUAACUAUAGUUCAAGAUCCAAAUUAGAUUUUAAGACAUGUUAAUGACUUGUGACGAAUUUAUAAUAGUAAUUAGUAGUACAUAGAAACUAUAUUUUAUAAAAUAUUUCACAAAAUAAUUUUGUAUUUUCUAGACCAAUGCUAUUGUAAAUGUAAGAUAUUGUGAAUUUAAAUUUGUUUAAAACAUAUUUUUCAAAGAUAUAUUUUUUCACAAGUAUUAAUAUAAUUAAAUGGAAUAUAUUUUAUAAGACCCCAAACCAAAUAUAUGAACCAUAUUAAACUGA